GAAAACCGGUAGCUCACUGAAUGAGUUGAAGUAAACACAUAAAUGAGCAAAACAAAAGCAUGUUAAAUAUGAAGAGCAGCCUCCUCGGACCCCUGGUUCUUCUUGUCUUCAGUGGCAUGAUUGAAUGCAAGCCUAAAUAUUACAUCCCCUUCAACUUUGGUUUGACUUGGGACGAAGCACGAGGCUUCUGCCAGAAAUAUUUCACCGACUUGGCCACCAACUUUACCUCGUCAGACUUGGAGAGCAUGGACUUGAAGCAACAGCUGGUGUGGAUUGGCCUGAAAAAAAAGAAGGAUGCGGAUGGGUGGAUAUGGUCUGAUUCAAAAAGCCAUAAACCAAACUGGGCGGAGAACGAGCCUAGCAGCGGUCGAGACUGUGCUGCUGUUCACUUCAGCGAUAAAAAGCUUUAUGCAUGGAUCUGUUCAAGUCGUAGGAUGUUUUACUGUCAAAAGGAAGGCAACUACACAUUUGUAAACAAAUCAAAGAGUUGGGAUGACGCCUCUUCGUACUGCAAGACUAUAAACUAUAAACAUCUGGCGACUUUCGAAUGCUCCGAUAUGGAAACUAUAUUCACUGAGAAGGACUUUCCCGUCUGGGUUGGAAUGCGCAGAGAAGUAAUUUCAGAUGGAUUCAGAUGGAUCAUAACAACCUCAAAUUAUAAUAAAUGGAUGGAUGGUGAGCCAAGAGACAGCCGCCAUUGUGUCACCAUCUCCUCACAGACCAAGCUGAUGGCCACCGAAAACUGUAGCGUCGAUCUUCCCUUCGUCUGCAUGUCAGACGAAAACAUUGUUAUCCUGGUGAAGGAGAACAAGAGCUGGGAGGAGGCGCUGGAACACUGCCGAGGCAUCAGUAACAGUGUCCUUCGCUAUGAUCUGGUCAGCGUGCAACCUGGAGAUGAACACCAGCACAUAAUGAGCAAGGCCAUGGAGGCUGACACAGAGGAGGUGUGGACCGGCCUGCGUUUUCUGGGUGAUGAGUGGCUGUGGGUGAACGGGGAAAGUAUGAUGGGCAGCCACCUGCCUCAGUGUCCCAUGCAGCAGCAGCGCUGCGGAGCUUUAUCCAAGAAAACCAGCAGUCUGAAGACCAGAGACUGUUCAGAGAGGAAAAACUUUCUCUGUUACGGCUAUACGCCUUAAUGUCACUGUUGUCAUAGGGUCUGGGGCCUCUGCAGCCAACUAGCAUCAGACAGACGCCCUGGCAGCCCAAGAUUUGCAACACUUUUCUUUUCAUGCUAAAUUUUACCCUAAUGAUCUUAGAAUAUCUCUACUCUCUAACAGAAAAUAAUAGUUUUUCCUUUUCUUGAUGAUAUUUUGUUUCUUCAAGUGAUUGUUAAAACAAAUUUUUACGUGUGAAACGUGUUGCCCUGUCUUUUACGGUUUAUCCCUGUUUCUCUACUAGACAUAGCUAUUGGCUGAGCUUUUGCUGCAACUAACUGUAUUUGCUCUGCUGCAUCCUGUAGACUAGAAAACCGGCUCAGAGCUUAUAUCUUUAGCUGAUCUUUCCAAAAUGUAGCCACUAAAAAAACCUGAACUGCCAUUACGUUUUUUUACUUUUCUUUAAACAAGGAAAGUGCUUCUGGAUCAGUGCUUCUGUGUUUUUUCUGAUUAAAAGAGCCUAAAACACUUUAAACUAUAACUGCACUUUCUGUGGAGUGAAAGAUUUAAAUCAACUUUUUAAGUAAAUUUAUACAUUAUUUUGAUUUUACAGAAAACAAUUCAGAAAGCUUUACUGUUCAUAUGCUGCUUUACCGCUAUCUUUAUUUUUUAAGUGGGUUCUUUGGAUUUAAAAAA